AUGUCUAUACCUGAAAGUUUCACGCUGAAGAACUUAUACGAUCUCAAUGGCUUGAUCGCACUGGUGACCGGUGGCGGCACAGGCAUCGGCCUUAUGAUUGCUCGUGGCCUCGCUGCCAAUGGGGCCAAGGUGUAUAUCACUGGUCGACGAAAGGAAGUUCUCGACAAAGUAGUUUCGGAGUGGAAUGGAACCAAAGGAGACGACAUGGGAUCUAUGAUAGCGCAUGAGAUGGAUGUAACGAAGAAAGACAGUAUUCAGGCUGGUGUAACGAGAAUAGCUCAAGCGGAUGGAAAGUUGCAUAUCCUCGUGAACAAUGCCGGCCAAUCAGGUCCUCUCUCCUCUGAGUUGAAUCGACCAUCGCCGACUGCUCAAAAAGAGGCCGGACCACUCAGUGAAUACCUCUUCAACAAUGAAUCGUUCGAGGAAUGGAGCUCCCUUUAUGCAAUCAAUACCUUUUCAAUCUACUUUGUAACCGUUGCGUUUUUGGAUUUGCUCGAUAAGGGAUCCAAGAAUAACGAUAAAGAGGGAUUCUCUUCAAGCGUUAUUAAUAUCACGAGUAUGAGCGGACUCGUCAAGUUUGCACAGAGACAUUUCUGCUACAACAGCUCAAAAGCUGCUGGGUCUCACCUCACCAAGAUGCUUUCGACGGAAUUUGCUCUCAAAGGGAUCAAUGUUCGAGUGAACGCUAUCGCGCCAGGCGUGUAUGAAAGCGAGAUGACAUACGACACGAUUUCAGGACAAGCGGCGACUGAUGCGAUCGGUAUGCCGGUGGUGUCUAUACCAGCGAAGAGGCCAGGAACUGCUGCUGAGAUGGCAGGCACUGCCGUUUAUCUCGCAUCGCCUGCUGGAGCUUAUAUGAAUGGGCAGGAACUUGUUAUUGAUGGCGGAACCUUGGCUGUGAAUCCUGGCAGAGUGUAA